UUCCGAGGAGCCCGGUAUAAAGCGGCCGCUGCUGCCCGCACCCGUCCGCUCAGCCCGCGCCGGCCCGAUCCGACUCGCGCUGACCCGCCCCCGGGGAGCAGCCGGGCCCCAGCCGCCCCGUCCUGACCGACCCAGCGGCCGGAGCCAGCCACCCCCUCCGCGGCCACAGGGGCCAGGUACCGGGCAGAGGGGGAGACCCGGCGGCAGAUUAAUCAGCCACUCGAUGGGGAUUAACAGUGGAGCACCUUUUUGUGUCGCCUUUCCACCUCUGUGUAGCAAGAAUAACUUCAGCACCUUGUCAAUAAUAAUUAUGAAACUGGUAUUAACUGAAUGGCAAUUAUGGAUUUUUAACUCUAAUUCACAGUAAACAUAGCAAGCCAUAUGUUGAAAUUCCUACUAAGUAGCUUCCUGUUUUUUGUUUCAUACCUACCUGAGAAGUUGUGAAAUACCUAUCUGUACAAGAGGAAUAUAAGCAUUACUUGCACCAGGAACACAACAGAAGCUGAAAGAGAAGACAUCUUAGAGAUAUGAUAGUAUUAUUUAUAGAGCUAUAAUAAAUAUAUAUUUUUAUGGUAAUGAAAAUGGCUCCCCAGAAUGCUGACUCGGAAUCUAUGCAAGUUCAAGAGCUCCCUGUGACAGAUCUUCAGAAACCAGCAAACAAAGAGAAUGAGAGCAGGGAGGAGACUAUUAGCGAAGGAUCCAUAAACCGGAUACCAGUACGCCUGUGGGUGAUGCAUGGUGCAGUGAUGUUUGGCAGGGAAUUCUGUUAUGCCAUGGAGACAGCAUUGGUAACCCCAGUAUUGUUGCAAAUUGGUCUUCCUGAACAAUACUACAGCCUCACUUGGUUCCUUAGCCCGAUCCUGGGCCUGAUCUUCACUCCACUCAUAGGUUCGGCUAGUGACCGCUGCACGCUGAGCUGGGGCCGCCGGCGGCCUUUUAUUCUUGCUCUCUGCGUUGGUGUCCUCUUUGGUGUUGCACUUUUCCUUAAUGGCUCUGUUAUAGGUCUGGCCAUUGGAGAUGUCCCAGACAAGCAGCCCAUUGGCAUAGUUCUCACAGUGCUGGGGGUGGUGGUAUUGGAUUUUUGUGCUGAUGCAACAGAGGGGCCAAUUCGGGCCUAUUUACUAGAUGUGGUGGACAGUGAAGAACAAGACAUGGCACUCAAUAUCCAUGCCUUUUCCGCUGGCCUUGGAGGAGCCAUUGGCUAUAUGUUAGGAGGGCUGGACUGGAUGCAGACCUUCUUGGGUGACCUUUUUAAAUCUCAAGAACAAGUACUUUUCUUUUUUGCAGCCAUUAUUUUCUCUGUCUCUGUUGCUCUUCACCUUUUUAGCAUUGAAGAAGAGCAGUAUAACCCUCAACAAGACAGAAUUGAAGAUGAAGCAGAUACACUUUCUAGUGUUAAGCUGAGUGGCAGCCUUCCACCUCUGAAUCGACUGAAUGUAAUUAGCGAGGAAGAUCCCUAUGGGACCUCUGUGUACCCAGAGGAGGUUCAGUCAGAGCAGGACCUUGAUCUGGAGUUCCUUGAGGUGGACAUUGUAAGGAGUAAGAGCGAUUCUGUUCUGCACAUGCCAGAUGCUACUCUGGAAAUUGAAUCAGAGCUGCUGUUUCUACAUGACAUUGAGCCCUCCAUUUUUCAGGACCCUUCAUACCCAAACACUCCCCUCAGCACCAGCCAGGAACUUCUGAAGUGCAAAUUUAACCGCCUGUCUGCUUUCCUCAGGGAAAAUGAAAAAGAGGAGAUGUUGCUUGAUAAUCACUUGAAUGAAGCCAAAGUCCCAAAUGACAAUGGCUCCCUACCAAAAGAUCUCAAUGGACAUGCUCGGAUUGGCAUGAAGCAAUCUAGUACUUCAAACUCCAUGCGCAGGCGACGGCACAUGUUCUAUCGUCAGCCAUCUUAUACCUUCUCCUACUAUGGCAAAAUAGGUUCUCACCGCUAUCGUUUCCGACGGGCCAAUGCCAUUGUCUUGAUCAAGUCCUCCCGCAGCAUGAAUGAUAUCUACGACAUGCAGAAGAGACAGCGGCAGAGGUACAGGCACAGGAAUCCGAGUGGCACCACGAAUUCUAGUGGAGACACUGAGAGUGAGGAAGGGGAAACUGAAACCACUGUCAGACUUCUGUGGCUGUCUAUGCUGAAAAUGCCCAAUGAGCUCCUGAGGCUUUGCCUCUGUCACCUCUUAACCUGGUUUUCCAUCAUUGCUGAAGCAGUGUUUUAUACGGAUUUCAUGGGACAGGUCAUCUUUAAAGGGGAUCCCAAGGGCCCUUCGAAUUCUACUGAACUGCAUGCCUACAAUGCCGGAGUGCAGAUGGGCUGCAGGGGCUUGGUCAUUUAUGCUGCGACUGCUGCUGUUUGCUCAGCUUUACUACAAAAAUACCUGGACAACUACGACCUUAGUAUAAAGGUGAUCUACAUUCUGGGCACACUGGGUUUUGCUAUUGGAACUGCAGUGAUGGCUAUGUUCCCCAAUGUGUACGUUGCUAUGAUAAUGAUCAGCACUAUGGGAAUAGUCUCUAUGAGCAUAUCCUACUGUCCUUAUGCGCUUUUAGGACAAUACCAUGAUAUUAAAGAGUAUAUUCACCACAGCCCUGGAAACUCAAAGCGAGGAUUUGGCAUAGACUGUGCUAUCCUGUCAUGCCAGGUUUACAUCUCCCAGAUCCUGGUGGCCUCCGCACUUGGUGGAGUGGUGGAUGUAGUAGGCACAGUCCAGGUUAUUCCAAUGGUGGCAUCAGUAGGAUCCUUCCUGGGCUUUUUAACCGCUACAUUUUUGGUGAUUUAUCCUGAUGUCACAGAGGACCCAAAGGAAGAACAGAAAGGAUUGAGCCCUCCAGAGACCACCGAAAGCAAUGGUGUGGAUGCAGAGAAACCAACUGCUAUAAAGCUCUCACGUAAAGGGGCAGCCUCAUCAGAAUUGGAAAGCGAGUCAAUAGUUUGAACUGGUCAUUGUUGUUUAUACACAUUCCAAGCAGUUCAGGUGCAUGAAUGCAGAUGCAUGAAUGAGGACAUUCUUAAGGAAAAAAAUUCUGACUCUCUUCAAUAGUUACUUUUUGCUUAAAUUGCAGCAAAAAAAUGGCUCUUUCAUGCGAAAACGUAGAUGAAAUUCUGUAGUCCUAGGAUAGGUUGAACAGAUAGCUAUUAUGCUGAUUGCUUUCUCUACCAUUUAGAAAUUGUCACUUCUGAACACUUUUUAAAUUAAGAACACACAUUUCAAAUAUAUAAAUCUGCAGGUACAUUGUUCGUUCUUGCAUGUUUUUGAAAAUGUCAUGACUGAUUCACAGUGUAUACAAUUAUCAGUUUAGAAAAAUGAAGGUUGCUUGCAAUUUUUAGACUGUAAUUGAAAACAAAAGCUAUUUUGACCCUAGGCUUCGCUAAUUUUUUUUGUCUGAACAUUUCAGAUCUUGCUAAUGUAAUAGGUGAAUCAAAUGCAUAGACGCCUUUCUAUUUUUUCUUUCCUGUACACCCAAUAUUUGGUUUGACAGCUACAAUUUUUUAACAUUUUGUUUGGAUUUCAUCCUAUUUUAGUGGGUGCAAUUACUACCAAGUAUUUUUCUUUGCAAUUACUUGUUUUAAAAAAGCAAUUACUACAGUUUAAGAGAACUGCUGUCAAUUUUUAUUCAAACCGUUCAACAAAUCUGUUCCCAAGUACUGCUGCUUGUCAGAAAUUGAUGGUAUUGGGUGUAUGGUUUAGCUGCUGAUGGAAGUAACAGCAGCUGGGAAGGUGAUCAGCAUUUGCAGUGAGUGCAGAAUUUAACAAGCGGCAUUGGAACAUGCUGUGACAAUUUUAGCAGGGAGCUUUGUGUGUUGAACUUACUAGGGUUAAUUUUUCUCUUGGUAUUUAAAGCUGAUCAUCUCAUUUUGAUGAAACUGCCAUGGAGAAGGGAAUUUCAUUCAGUUGCCUUCAUGGAAUUGAUGUGAGAAUUCUCUUUAGAGGGGAAGGAGGUUGUUGAUUGCACUUUUAGGAUCCUUUAACCCUCUGGUUGGGAAUCACAGUAGUAUAGUCUGUGUCAGUACAACAAGGUAAACCGAAGGCCUACCUCUAUAACUUUAUGCCAUAGUCUGGUUAUAUAAAAAUCUGUGUCAGAAAGAGUUUUGGUCCUUAAAAUCCAAUCCAGGAGCAUGUAAUUCAGUUCCUGUCCCUACGUAGGAGUUGUAUGCUGGAGCUCUUUUGAGCUGCUGUCCUGAUGUAUAAUUCCGGAUUCAGGACAUAGCUGCAGUGCAAAGAAACUUUCAGUGACGAGUGAUAGGAAAGAUACUAUUUUAAUUUAAAUGCGUAACUGAAUUUUUAGCAAUGUCCAAAACCAUGGGUAGACGUAACUCAGACGCAGCAGCCUUUUAAAGUGUCUUUAUAAACAAAACCACCAAACUUCCAGUCCUUUCUUUAUAAGAAAGUGUUUGUAACUCUAUUUACUCAUUUCCACAUGGAAUAGAAGAGACUACAGCGAGUUCACAGGUUCAAUCAGGCAAAUCCAGACCACUGUUGUAAUAUUUCUGCUGCCUCAAAUUCAUUAAAUCGUUGCAGUACUUUAGAAUGCAUGUCUGAAUCAUGCUGCAGUAGUCCUUCAAAAGCAAAGUUAUAUAUAUUUCAAAAGGACAAGCCGUUUUUAAUUACUUGAAUCGUACGUGUAUUUAAGAGAAGAUCUAUAUUCUGGUGUAGUUGAAGCUAACUGGCCGUCUUGCCAAUGUCGUUGAUAAAUUACUGAUGGCAUCAUAUGUUUACUUCUUAGCUGAAGGAUUUUAGGCAGUACUCAUGUCUCUGACAGGAGUGAAUAUACUGUUUUUACAUUGAGUGCUAUGAAAUUCCACCACGUAUACAGAAUUGCACAGGACUCUUGUUUGAAGUGUGUUAAGGAAAAGAAAUCUUUUUUUUUUUCCUUCCUGUGAAUAUUUUUUUAUUAGAACACUUCUGAAUUUUGUGUUCAGACAGGAGAAUACUACUACUGAAGCAUUUAAGACCUUAUUGAAGAAAUCAGUUAGAAAUAUUUCACACUGAACUCUUGGAGUGAGUUUUAUCAUCUCUGUAUAUAGUCUAGUAGGGUUCACAUAUAACAGAAUUGCAGUGCUGUUUCACCUAAAAUUGGCAUUCCUGUGAAAUACAAACCUAAUUAGACAGUUUUAAAGUUUGGCAUCAAUAUUUUAUUGUAAAAUACUCUAAGGAUUCUGCUGCUUUGUUAAACUGACACAGUCAGUAGUUCUUAGUAACUUACACAUAGAAACAAGUUUUAAAGUUACCAUUGCAUGUGAGAUUUGUCUAUCAAUUUAAUCUGUAAUACCAAUCUGGUCCUUUUUCCUCUUGACAAAUGUUUCACUGGAUGUUAUUUA